GUGUCGGAGUCAAAUGAAGAAGUCAACCGCACUGUGGACUCACUGUCCACGCCGGAGUGGCAGAGGAUACUGGAGCGAGGCGGGGAUGUACUAGAAACGGAAACGCUCCAUUUCCACCACAUCACAUACGUGGACCCCCCGGCAGCAGGCGGCGACAUGGUGAUCCUGGACUGCAGCCUGCUCGAGCACGCCAUGGUGUCGGGCCACCACAAGAACGCGGAGCACGCGCGCAACGCCUUCGCUCUCACUCCCCGGCUGGAGGAAUAUUGUAAGAGCGCGCUCGCCAGGGACCCGUACCUGCCCAAACCCGAGGAGCUGUGCAUAGCGAUGUGCCCGAUCAAGAAGCAGUGGCUCCGCGCCGUGAUGCUCCAACAAGAUGGCGGCCCGGGCGGCGCGCAGGCGCAGCUCCUGUUCUACGACCACGGCCACAUAGCGACCCUGCCCGUCGCCGCGCUGCGCAAGAUGAUGCCCGAGUUCGCGAGAGACAUCCCCGCCGCCGUAUGCAGCCUUGUUAUCAAAGACUUCCCGAAGGCCCCGACACCGGAGCAGCUGGAGCGCGCCAAGAGCCACCUGCAGAUGAGCCCGGACGGCGCCGGAGCCCUGCGCGUGACGCGCGUCACCAGACAGGACGUCGGCGAGUACCUGGUCACCGCGCCCGACCUCAUCAGGGCCAUGCACUAG